GAGAGAGAGAGAGAGAGGAGAAAAAAAGAGAGAGAGAGUGCGCCCACCACCUUCCCUUCCCCCCUCUCUCGAUGGGCGCGGGGGCGUCCCGGCCGCCGCAGCCGCCGCCGCCUGAGGAGGGAGAGCCGGGGGCCGUCACUUCGGAGUUGGGGCUGAGCCGUCCGCGGGGGAGAGCGCGCCCAGACCGCUGCAGCCGCUGGCCUCAUUAAGCCCAUCACAGUAAUGGCUGCAGCCUUACCCAGGACCCUGGGGGAGUUGCAGCUGUAUAGAAUAUUACAAAAAGCCAAUCUGCUGUCCUAUUUUGAUGCCUUCAUCCAACAAGGUGGCGAUGAUGUCCAGCAACUCUGUGAAGCUGGUGAAGAGGAAUUCUUGGAAAUCAUGGCCCUCGUGGGCAUGGCCAGCAAGCCCCUGCAUGUGCGAAGGCUUCAGAAGGCACUGAGAGACUGGGUCACAAACCCUGGUCUCUUCAAUCAGCCGCUGACGUCCCUGCCGGUCAGCAGCAUCCCCAUCUAUAAAUUGCCAGAGGGCUCGCCGACGUGGCUGGGACUGUCCUGCAGCAGUUACGAGAGGAAUAGCAGCAGCGCCCGCGAGCCUCAUUUGAAAAUCCCCAAGUGUGCCGCUACCACGUGUGUGCAGAGCUUGGGGCAAGGGAAGUCAGAUGUGGUGGGGAGCCUGGUGCUGCAGGGCAUCGGGGAGUCCAGACUCUGGCAGGGCCCCCACGCCACCGAGAGCGAGCAUAGCCUCUCCCCGGCCGACCUGGGCUCCCCAGCGUCCCCCAAGGAGAGCAGCGAGGCCCUGGACGCGGCUGCCGCGCUCUCUGUCGCUGAGUGCGUGGAGCGAAUGGCCCCCACGCUGCCCAAAAGUGACUUGAAUGAAGUGAAAGAGCUGCUCAAAACCAACAAGAAGUUGGCCAAAAUGAUCGGCCACAUCUUUGAGAUGAGCGAUGACGAUCCGCACAAAGAGGAAGAAAUUCGCAAGUACAGCGCCAUCUACGGGAGGUUCGAUUCCAAGAGGAAGGACGGGAAACAUCUCACGCUGCAUGAGCUCACUGUUAAUGAAGCUGCUGCCCAACUCUGUGUGAAGGAUAAUGCCUUGCUGACAAGAAGAGAUGAACUUUUUGCCUUAGCGAGGCAGAUUUCACGAGAAGUCACCUACAAGUAUACUUACAGAACUACCAAGUCAAAAUGUGGAGAAAGAGAUGAAUUAUCCCCAAAGAGAAUUAAGGUGGAGGAUGGGUUUCCAGAUUUCCAGGACUCCGUGCAAACACUUUUCCAGCAGGCUAAAAAUAAAAAUGAAGAACUUGCCGCUCUUAGUUCACAGCAGCCUGAAAAGGUGAUGGCAAAGCAGAUGGAGUUCCUUUGCACCCAAGCUGGCUAUGAGAGACUGCAGCAAGCGGAGAGAAGACUGUCUGCAGGACUGUACAGGCAGAGCUCGGAAGAGCAUAGCCCGAAUGGCUUGGCUUGUGAUAACUCGGAUGGUCAAGCAGAAAGACCUUUGAAUCUCCGAAUGCCUAAUUUGCAAAACCGACAGCCUCACCAUUUUGUGAUGGAUGGGGAGUUGAGUAGACUUUACUCUGCCGAGGCCAAGUCCCACUCAUCAGAGAGCCUUGGAAUUUUAAAAGACUACCCUCACUCAGCUUUUACUUUAGAAAAGAAAGUCAUCAAAACAGAACCCGAAGAUUCAAGAUAGCUGUGAUUCUCCCACUGUUCUUUGGAAAUGGCUUCAGAUUUAAGGAUAAUGCUCCAUCAUAGAAAUAAGCCUUAAUAACCAAUGUUGCCUCAUUCAGCUCAAACAGAUCUCAUAGCCAAAGCAUGACUGAUUUAAUAGUCUGGAGACCAGGAAUACAAAACAGGAGCCACAAAAGAGAAAAGUGAGAGUGUUGCAACCUAAAACAGAAAUAUUCAUCUAUUCACAUUCCUGUGUUGAAUUGUUUUAUGUAGAAAGGCUUACAAAUUAAUAUUGUAAGCAUUCAUUAUUUAAGAAUGUACAAUGUAUUUGUGUAAUUUAUAGAAGUUAAAAAUUUAGAUUUUUGAGACCUGUUUGAUCCAGCAGAUGUGGAUACAGUUUAUUUACUUGAAAUUUUGUUGUCUCCUUUAAAUGUAUCUAGCGUAAAUACUAUUAUAUGUAGUUAGAAUCUAUUCAGUUAAAAAACAAAAAGUUUGUGGUGUAAUUUUGGCAAGUUGCAAUGACUUUGGAAAAAUGGAAAGCAAAUACUCGAUUUGAACCAAGGGGAAAUAUUGUGAAUUUAAUAUUUGAUAAAACUGAUUUUGUUUAAUAGGAGAAAUCCUUUUUAAUAGAAGAACAUAACUUUUACUGACAUAAUCAGUGGACACUUACACUGUUAGUAAAUACUGGAAUUAAGUUAAAAAGAUAAACAUUAGAGUUAAAAGUCUAUCUCACCCUCUUAACUCAGAUUGUGUUCUAUGAUAGCUAUUUAAGAUACAGCAAAGCUAGGAAGUUCCUGCUUCAAAGAGAACUUCUAGCAAGUGGAUUGAGGCAAAGAGCCUUGAUGGAAAACUUUACUAUUUCAGAAUGUGUUAAAUAGAUUAAGACAUAGUAAGUUAACCCUAAAUGUGAUAAGAAUGGUGACUGUUGACAAAGGCUAUAAUAUAUAAUAGAGUAAGUACUGUUUCUUAUCCAGAAAUUCCUCUCCAUGUGAAAAAGAAAACUAGAGAACUCUCUCCCUGGAGUGUCUUCCCACCCAAACCAGCCCAAUGUGUACAAUCACCAUGAACACAUUUGCAGCCAUAUUUCCAUGGAGAUUUAGUUGACAACUGUAGUCAUUAUUUAUUUUGCAAUUUAAAUUUUGUAUAUCUUUAUAGAUUUGUGAAUGCAGUUUUUUUUCUUACAAUUUAUUUUAACUUGAGAGUAUGUUUUUCAUGGCCCCUAUUAGUAGACUGUGUGCAUAUAUGUGGGGAUAUGCUUAAAUGUUAGUAAAUAUACUAGUGAAAUGAGAAUUUCCCAUUGGAAUUCAUAGUUUAAAGAGAAAAGAAUAUACUACUUUUCCCAAUAUUAUUUUUUUCUGUUGAUUUAAGAGAAGAUAAUUUGACAACUUGACCUACUUCCUCCAGAUUCAUCUAAAUCCAGAUACUGCCGAGAACAGCAUAUGACUUGAAGAAAUGUGUGGUUUUCAGUGUUGUUGUCAUUUUCAGUUCUGUUCUAGGUCAUAACUGUGUAAAAAAAAAUACUAAGUUAAAUCUGUUACACUAAAAUUCAUCAGCCAAAUAUUAGAUGAAAUGUCUACACUGUAGUCUCUGAUCACUGUCACAUAUGUAAUCGCUUUGUCAUUUUGAUUUAUAGAAUAGCUUUACAGUAGAAACACCAGUAAACAAAUUUUAUACUAUUAAAAGGCUUUUAUCCCUUCCUAAAUGUAUUAAUUAUCCCAUAGUGUUUUGCCUACUGAAGAAGCUUUCAUGGACUUUGCAACUUUGUUGCUUGUUUGAGGUUGUUGUGGUUGUAUUGUUCACUGUGGGUAGUAGUAGUAUGAGUUUGAUUUAAAUAGAUUGUUCAGUUUUUAAUAUUAGCCAUAGAACUGGUUAGUAUAUCAGUAGUUUCAUGAAACGUUUCUUGUAUUCUAAUCUAUUUUGAGAAAUUUUGUGUAUUUUUUUUAAUUAUGUCUUACAAAUUCAAGUUUGUAGGUUUUAAAUAAGCGAUAAUUUUUAAAGAUGCAAUCAACUUCCACAGUAUUGAUCCAUCUUCCAUUGCCCCAUGAAUUGCAUCUUAAAAUCUAUAAAUAAGUUUCCUGGAGUAUCGUACUUUCCUGUUCUUUUCGAGCUUAGUGAUAAGGGGGAAACACAACAAAAAUUUCAGUAGAAAACAGUUUUUAUUUUGUAAACACUAAUGUAUAAAACUUGCUAUACAUUGAAGCAAAUAAUAUAUAUUUUUAUUUGAAUUGUAAAUAUGAAUUGGAUGUUAUAACUAGUUGAUUUUUUUUUCAUUGUGUUUGAGGUAUUUUCACUGAACAAGGUCAAUUGGUUACCUCAGUAUUACAGCCAAUAUAGUCCCAGGGACCAUUUCUCCCCAAGUCUGUGUUGUACUUUAUUAUGUGAAGUCUGCGUUCUGUGACUCUUACUUAAAGCUGUUGGUGAGCUGGGACCAGUGCACUUGCUUCCUGUGGCAAUAAAGAUUUUCUGUGCCUCACA